UUUCUCAGUUACUUUAACCAUGACUUUAUUUGUUUUCAUUCAUCAAGAACAGCUCACUAAUCAGCUUUAAUUAAGCCUCAGGGUGCCAGAGUUUUCCAAGACUGACUAAACAAAAUUAAAAUGUUUUUUGUUUGAUUACAUUCUACCAUUAGACUGAGAAACUGAAGGAAUGUCGGUCUAAAAGAUUAAAUAUUAAGCGACUAUUUGCCAUUAUAUUUAUGCCACACAGUGCACUGAUCACAUGGCUGCUUUCUCUUUCUCUUUGACGCACACACACAGAAAUUUUAUUUUUGAAUGGCUGCUGUAUCACUAAUCCACCACCUGUGAAACACAAUUCUGUAAUUUGAUUGCUUUCUGCGUGUGACAUCUUCCUCCUGAUGUUGAAGUCAGCUAAUAUUAAUUAACAACCGUACUGUUUCUCUUUUAGGAAGGGAAAUGUCUUUAUGUGGUGGUGGUGAUGGCGAUGUACUGGUGCACAGAGGCCCUUCCUCUGGCUGUCACCGCCAUGCUUCCAGUCUGCCUCUUUCCAACACUGGGAAUUCUUCCGUCCAAAAAAGUCUGCCCUCAGUACUUCCUUGAAACCAACUUUCUCUUCCUCAGCGGUCUUGUGAUGGCGUCAUCCAUUGAGGAGUGGGGACUCCAUCGCAGAAUAGCCCUAAAGGUCCUCACUAUUGUCGGAGUAAAACCAGCCUGGCUCAUACUGGGAAUGAUGAUGACCUCGUCCUUCCUGUCCAUGUGGCUCAGCAACACAGCGACAACAGCCAUGAUGCUCCCUAUUGCCAACGCCAUCUUGGAGAGUCUGUUUGGAGAUCUGGAGACCCUGAAACAAAAUUGCAAGGCCACAGAGAACUCUGAGAGUGAUAUUGUUAAUGGUCAGUCUACUGUCAAGUUGCAUUCACUGCCCUCAGUGCCCACGGAAAAACAAAUACUGUCAAUAGACGGGGUGGAUGGGAUGGAGCAGGGUGACGUGAGGACAGCUGAGGAGAUCCGAUCUGAGUCGCAGUAUCAGCUGAAGGUGUGGAAAGGAUUUUUGAUCUGUAUUCCUUACGCAGCCAGUAUUGGAGGGACCGCCACGCUGACGGGCACGGCGCCUAACCUCAUCCUGAUUGGACAGCUGAAAAGCUAUUUUCCAGACUGUGACCUCAUCAAUUUUGGCUCCUGGUUUGCAUUCGCUUUCCCGCUCAUGCUUCUCUUCCUGUUUUUGGGAUGGAUAUGGAUCUCGUUUCUCUUCGGGGGAUUGAAUACACGAUUGUGCUUCAAGAAACAUGACCGACGAGCCCAGGCAGAGGCCAGAGCCAAGGCUCUCAUAGAGGAAGAUUACAGAAAACUAGGGCCCAUAAAUUUUGCAGAGGGAUCCAUCGCUUUCUUUUUUAUACUGUUUGCCGUUCUCCUGUUCACGAGGGAUCCCAAAUUUGUCACUGGAUGGUCUGUGUUUUUUAAAAAAGGGUACGUGUCAGACGCAGUCACAGGUGUGAUCAUCGUGUCUAUAUUGUUCUUCUUCCCCUCACAGAAACCCUCUCUUAGCUGGUGGUUCGACCCUCAAGCUUCAAAUACUCCGUACGUCCCUCUCUUAUCAUGGAAGAAAGCUCAGGACUCUGUUCCCUGGAAUAUCAUCCUGUUGCUCGGAGGUGGCUUCGCUAUGGCCAAAGCUUGUGAGGAAUCUGGACUCGCCUCCUGGAUCGGAGGCCACCUCCAGCCUUUGGCCGAAGUCCCUCCUGCUGCAGCUGUGAUUUUGAUCACAGCCUUCUUGGCCUGUUUCACUGAAUUCGCCAGCAACACUGCCACCAUUAUCAUAUUUUUACCCGUCAUUGCUGAACUGGCUAUUCAUAUCUCAGUGAACCCUCUGUACUUCAUGAUACCUGCAACUGUAGGAUGUUCGUACGCCUUCAUGCUGCCAGUCUCUACACCACCCAACUCCAUUGCCUUUGCAUCCGGGCAUCUCAUGGUCAAAGACAUGGUGAAGACUGGCUGUGUCAUGAAUGUCCUGGGCAUCCUAUCAGUCUCUCUGGCGAUGAACACGUGGGGCGUCGCCAUGUUUAACUUGAACACGUAUCCAGAAUGGGCUCAACCCUUCAACAAGUCGGCUGUUGUUACUGAUGUGCAUCUCUCAUCUGUUCAGUCGCUCAACGCUACUCUCUGAUCACUCUCCGAAUGAGCACAGAGGAAGUUUCAGGAGAUUGUAUAAAGAUUUAACACUAAACAGGGACAAAAGUCUGUCUGUAGACGUCUACUCUGUGUCACUAAAAUGUCAGAGCACUCUGGGAGCCUCAGCUGUUACCCGAUUAAUGAUUAAUUUAAGUGUCUUUUUAGGCUCUUGAGUGUCAAUAUUUCAUGCUGUGAGCUAUUAAUUUUGACACACUUCAAGUUUUAAGUUACAAGUUGCAUUUUGUUACUCUCUGCCUUCUUAAAACUGGUCAGGUGAGACAUUUAACCUCAACAACAACAGCAACUGCAACAGCUCGAGCUCUGCAAAGUUUUGUUUUUUUUAAUAUAUAUAUUGAGAAACUGCUGUCAGACUGCAGCAUGUGCUGUUUGUGUUGAUGCUACUAGGCUGACCUCUGCUGGAAGAAUGAAAGAGACCUCGGUGAAUAAUCCUUUAAAAAAAUAUAUUUUUGGUUGAAAUCAAUAAGAGAUCAUGUUACUUGUUUAUGUAUGAUAUGGCGCAUGUUUAGUGGCCAAAGCUUUGACACAUGAACAGUAUUUUAAAUCUUUUCUAUAUUAGAGUAUGAAUCUUGACUAAUGAAUGUGUAAAUUUUUGUUACAAAGUGAUUUGCAUUCAUAUAGCUGCUGUUACACCUCAAAUAAAUUGUUUGAGUUUGUAUUAUGAUAA